CCUGUCAAAAAAUAGACGGGGGUCUGCACGCGGGUCCCCGGCCUUUAGUUUGGACACCUUUGCUCUAGCGCUUGCUGCGAUCGCCACACCGGCAGAAGAGGAAGAAGUCUGCAGCUGGUCUCCCGUGCGAGGAAGGAGGAGGAAGAGUAGGAGGCGGCACUACGCAGGAGAGAGAGAGAGAGCGAGAGAGAGGGGGAGUGAGGCUGGAGAGAAAGUGCGAGCCGAGCCGAGUCACAUCUGAGUGGAGGCAGAGCCAGCGUGCGCAGCGGCUCGGCUCCGUCAGCGCAAGCAACACAAAUCCACGCCAUCGGGACCUAAUUGACGACUUGUUCAACAACGUCACGCACGCUCCAUUCCUCCUCCUCAUCCUCCUGCUCCUCCUUUCUUCUUCUUCUUUCUCUGGGGGUCUUGUUGUCCUGCUCAGUCAACUUUGGGCGUCCUCGCCGGUGGCAACUUCUGUCACCUUUUUUUGGCGGGUGCCAAUUAUCGGACCCUGCCGCCGAGAAGCUUCUGGGCCACCGCUGACCCCGUUAGCCGCCUUUAAUGUCAACUCCUCGGCGCCCGAGUGGAAGGAAUUACCUCGCUUUUAGUCUCCAAUCGAGAAAAAAACAGCAGAAUGCCGAGCUUGACCGCACCGCGGUGAAACGAGCUCGGUGCUGUGAGGAUAAAAACCCAGAGGGGGUUUGACAUUUUAGCUUUCCCCCCCCUUCCCCAUUUUAUUUAUUUAUUUUGCUCCUCUUCUGGCCUGAGUGCGGUUUGGAGCAGCGCGGGGGGAGGAAGGCGGCAGGGGUGGCGCAGAUGAUGGCGCGGUGCUGCUCGGCCGUGCGCAGAGCCCCAGCUCUCCUGGCGCUCCUUGGCCUCCUGCUUUCCAUCCAGGGAGCUUGCUCGGGGCCCGACGGGGGCGGCGGCUCAGGAGACCGGGACGAGUCAGGUGCAACCCCUCGGGGGGGCCCGCAUAGACACAGACGCAGCUGGGUAUGGAACCAGUUCUUCGUGCUGGAGGAGUUCACGGGAAACGAGCCGCUCUAUGUGGGAAAGCUUCACUCGGACGUGGACAAGGGCGACGGCAAGGUGAAGUACGUGCUGUCGGGCGAGGGCGCCACCUCCAUCUUCACCAUCGAUGAGAACACAGGCGACAUCCACGCCACUAAGAGGCUGGACCGGGAAGCGCAGGCCUACUACACGCUGCAGGCGCAAGCCGUGGACCGACUCAGCAACCUGCCCGUCGAGCCGCGCUCCGAGUUUGUGGUCAAGGUGCAGGACAUCAACGAUAACGAGCCCAAGUUUCUCGACGGGCCCUACUUGGCGGGAGUGCCAGAGAUGUCGCCGCUAGGAACUAUGGUGGUGCAAGUGGCGGCCACCGACGCCGACGACCCCACGUACGGGAACAGCGCCAGGGUGGUGUACAGCAUCGUGCACGGACAGCCCUACUUCUCCGUGGAGCCCAAGACAGGUGUCAUCCGGACGGCUUUGCCCAACAUGGACCGUGAGACCCGCGACCAGUACGUGCUGGUCAUCCAGGCCAAGGACAUGGUGGGCCAGAUGGGCGGCCUCUCGGGUACCACUUCCGUCACCGUCACGCUCACCGACGUCAACGACAACCCGCCUCGCUUCCCUCACAAGGUCAACCAAUACACGGUGCUGGAGUCGCUUCCCGUGCAGUCGGUGGUGGCCCGGAUCAAGGCAGCCGACUCCGACAUGGGUCCCAACGCCGAGAUGGACUACAGGAUCAUGGACGGCGAUGGGCCCGGCGUCUUCAACAUCACCACGGACGAGAACACGCAGGAGGGAGUCCUCCUCCUGUUAAAGCCUCUGGACUUUGAAAGCAAGAACAGCUUCUCUCUGCGGGUGGAGGCCACCAACAGGAACAUCGACUCCAACUUCCUGAACUUGGGCCCCUUCAGCGACACCACCUCGCUCAAGGUGAGCGUGGAGGACGUGGACGAGGUGCCCGUCUUCGCCUCGCCGCUCAGCACCAUGUCCGUCUCCGAGGGCGCCCGGGUGGGCACGUCCAUCGGGAAGGUGUCGGCCCACGAUCCGGACACCUCCGACAGCAGCAUCAGGUAUUCGAUCGACCGCAACACAGACAUGGAGCGCUUCUUCAACGUGGACGCGCUGAGUGGCAUCAUCAGCACGGCCAAGCCGCUGGACCGCGAGGCCAACUCGGUGCACAACAUCACCAUCCUCGCCAUCGAGAGUCAAGACCCCAACCAAAUCGGCAAAGGCGCGGCCGUCAUCACCGUGCUGGACGUCAACGACAACGCGCCCGUCUUCGCCAUCGACUACGAGACGCUGGUGUGUGAAAACGCGCCGGCGGGCACGGUGAUUCAGACGGUGAGCGGCGUGGAUAAGGACGAGCCUCAGAACGGUCAUCGCUUCUUCUUCUCCUUGGAUGCCGCCGUGGCGGGAAAUCUCAACUUCACCCUCCGGGACAACAAAGAUAACACGGCGUCCGUACUGACCAAACGCGGCGCCUUCCGGAGACGCGAGCAGCCGGCGUACCGGCUGCCCGUGCUGAUCGCCGACAGCGGCAGCCCGGCCCUGAGUAGUACCAACACGCUGUCGGUGCGCGUGUGCGAGUGCGACGCCGACGGCGUUCCCCUGGCGUGCGGCGCCGUGGCCUACGCCGCCACCGGUCUCGGUACCGGCGCUCUCUUGGCCAUUCUGGGCUGCAUCCUCACACUGCUGGCGAUCGUCCUCCUCAUCGUGACGGCGCGCCGGCGGCGGAAGGUUCCGCUCAUCCUGGAGGAGGAGCGUGACAUCCGGGAGAACAUCGUCCGCUACGACGACGAGGGCGGUGGCGAGGAGGACACGGAGGCCUUCGACAUGGUGGCCUUGCGCAACCUCAACGUCAUCCGAGACCCCGGCGCGCGGCGGGACGUCACCCCGGACACGCCCACCUUCUUCCAGUACACGCCCGCCAGCUCGGCGGCGACCCGCCCGGCCUACAAGUCACUCCCGGACAACGUGGUGUUCCGUGAGUUCAUCUGGGACCGUCUGAAGGACGCCGACGUGGACCCGUGGGCGCCGCCGUACGACUCGCUGCAGACGUACGCCUUCGAGGGCAGCGGCUCGGUGGCCGACUCACUCAGCUCGCUGGAGUCGCUCAGCACCGACUCGGAGCAGAACUAUGAUUACCUCAGCAACUGGGGGCCGCGCUUCAAGAAACUGGCCGACCUCUACGGCAACGCCGACGGCGCCGCCGGCGUCUUCUUGAAGCCUUUGAAUGCAGGAAGAGGAGGACACUGACGGAUGAGCAAUUUAGUGGGAGAGAUUCAAAGACAAGACGCAGUGAGCGAAGCGAAAGACGCUUGAAAAAGCUUUGGGCCUCGUUUAACUCCUCAGACGGAUCUCACUUCAGUCGACUCAAGUUGAAGUUUCUUGUUGGGGUUGUGCGCUACAGACGCUGAUUGCGUAACACCAAGCGGGAGGUGCGUUUCCAAAGGGUGUCUGACAGCCAUCCAAAAAGAUCAUCAAAAAUCGACCCAAGUUUGGAAUCUUUGGAAUGCACACGCCCAACUGGCCAAGCAGAAAAGCCACCGAUCUUACACUUGAGGGUCGUCCUGAAACUCUUUGUGAGUACGUUUGUCUCGUUUUGAAGUGUGCUGGUGGGGGGAGGUGCCUCAAACAAGUCGCGCAUCAUGCUAAGCAAGUGAGUCAAUCGAAAAAGCGACGGCUUGACGUCUCAGCCCUCGCCACGUUGAAAUGUCGCUCUUGUCUCAUUUUUGUAAUCCUCAUUCUCCUGUUAGAGAUAAAAGCAGUCCUCCUCGACUUUGUCGGGUCGGGCUUUUUUUUUUUUUUAGAUUCUUAUUGCUCUUGAUUGUGUGACAUUGACACCGCUUAGACGUUAGAAGAAGAAGCGUGCCGGUCUUUCAGCGCUGAGGUGGAACUGUGAAGUUUUUGCUUUUGUAGUCCAGCAUGGAUGGUCACCUUCAUUCAUGGAACACGCGCUCACUGUACGAAAACCACCUUGUGUUGUUUACGUUUGGUUUUCCCUUCUCACACUUUCAACCGAUGGGUGUUGUUAUUUAUUUUCAGCAGGCAAGAUUGUGAUUUUUUUUUUUUUUUACUUUUUUUUCAUGAAAUAAAAUUGCUAUACAGUCAAACCGCAGAGUUGUUAGAUGUCUUUUUCCAGCUAUCGAUUUAUAAUCUCGGCUCGUUCACAUACGUCUGCUGUGCGCCAAACUGAUUUAAACGUGAGGUUCUUUGCACAUCUCCCAACAUGUAAGGCCCAUUUAAGCUUUUUUAUCCACAGUAGCGAUUUCAAAUUAACUUGACUCGGUUAUUUGAAUUUUAAUAAAAUCGUCCUAGUUAGAACUUGUGCCUCUCUGUGGAGCCAGCAGAAGUGUACGGUAAACCACUCAAAAUGUGAGUGCUAAUUAGCAUGCGGCUAAGUGCUCUUUGCUGUUGACGUAUGGCGAGACAAACACUCCAAACACUCCACACAAGAGCGUGCGGCGGCAUAAGGCGCCUUGGACCACUGUCAAUCCAAAUCAGGAGGACACGUCCGACAAGAUGCUUGCCGCGGGGGACACUUAGCGCCAAUCAGGCGACGCGACUCGCUAUCAGCGCUUGGGUAGAUUGCCCCGGUGGCCGCCGCCGGCCGCCAUUCUUAUCACAAGCCCGCAUCGGCGGGGCCAAAUUGGAAGUCGCCACUAGUGUUGACCCGUGAGUGAGCGAUUCGUUCAAAAGAACGAAUCUUUUCAGUGAACGUGAGUGAACGGAUCACUUCCUGAAGUUAUUUGUUCUUUUUACAGUUCAUGACUUCAACCAACAUGCAAUGACAUAACUUAUCCCACACCGUAGGUGUCGGUAAUGCGCAUCGAAGCUGCUGCCACCUCACCAUAAAACAAAACG